CAGCUCGCGAACCAGCGAUAUAGAGCCGAGAAAGACACAAACGAUAUUAUUGCUUUUCUUGAAGAGAACAGACCUUGAAAAGACAGCAACGAUUGCUGCAUUAGAAGAGCAACUGAAAAGAGAAAAAGCAAAAGCUUUACAAGAGAAAGACCUUCUGGUGGCUGAAUACAUGGAGAAGAUUGAUGCUUUAGAAGAGAGGUUUAAGCAGAGGUCAAGUGACUUCCAGAGGAUGCAAGGUGAGCUCAAAACCAUUAAGCAUUUUCGCAAAAUAAAGGCCAAUCUGGAAGAAGACCUAAUCAGUAUGAGAGAAAAAAUUUAUAUCGCUUACCGUGGACACCAAGAGAGUCUGGCGAGAACAGAAUACAAGUUCUACACAGCACGGAUUCACUUUGAGAAGGAAGCGGAGCAAAAGAUCACUCAGCUUGCAGAGCAAGCGCAUCAUGAAGCUAUUGCGCAGCUUGGUACAGCAUCACAUUCUGUGUUCAAGGAGAAUGUACGGUUGAAUGAGGCACUGAAUUAUUAUGUGAAAGAGGCGGAAGAACUGAAGAGGACCAAUGUAGCCUUGACAGAGAAGAAUGCUUCUCUUGCUCUCUUAAAGGAGACGAAUGAACUGAUGAGAAAAGAAAGCGAUUCCCAGCUGAGAUCCCAACAAAAUGAGAUCUCUGAGCUGAGGGCUAAAUUGGUCACACUUGAGCAAGCUCUGGGCAUCAUGUCUGGGGAGUUUGAGCAGGAGAGAGAAGAGGUGGAGCGGCGUGCCAUGGUCAGCAUGCAGGCCAACAGCACAGACCUCGAAAGGUUGGAAUUGCUUCUAGCUGCCCGCGAAAAGGAGCUGGGCCAAGUGAAAUGGCUGGCUCAAAGCAUCAUCGAGCAGCGUAAAGAACUUGAGCUUUUCUUUCAUGAAACUCUUGACCAUGUGAGGAAGGAAAUAAGAACACAACAACAACUCUUCAGACAGGAGGCUCUGAAGGCAUAUUGCUGGAGAAUGAAUGAGGCUCGGGCUGGAAGGUUGGAGUAUCCUCGUAUAAGGACCUUCUCUAAUGCCCCGCACAGCACCAACGAUGUUCAGACUGACCUGGAAGAAGCUGACAAAUGGUGUGAGAGCUUUUAG